AUGCUUAUCGACGGUCAAAAGUGGGCUUGCGAAGCUUGCAUACGGGGACACCGUGUGACCAGCUGCAAACAUCAUGGUACGUUGUUCCUCCCCAUUUGCUCUGUUUCAAUCCUCCGUGGUUGCAAGCUAUCGACCGUUGAUUCGCAUAAAACGCAAGGGGCGACCCUUCGCCACCUGCACCAUCUGCCACUCAACCCCGUGCACCGCACCCAGCGAACAUGCCCGCGCAAAGCGCGAAGCAGAGCUCAAGACUUCAUCCUCAAAAGUAACGCAAACACAACACGCCUCAUCCCCCACCGAGAGGAGCAAGGCAACCUUGAUCAUACACAUACACAUCUCGGCCUCCUCCCGGGCACUCUCUUAAGUCGAGUUCUGGCAAGCAACGAGGAAACCGAGAUGCGCGAUCGGCAUGGUGCUGAUGCUUCUUUUGGAUCUAUAGAAAGCAGCGCACGGCAGACUAUAUCCCCGCCACCACAACCCUCACGCGCCAGCACGCAGUCUUCGGUGCGUAUUUCUCGCUCCGGCUCAACGAGCGCCAGUGCAUCCGAGUCCAAUACUCCCGUCUAUAUCGCGUCGGUCUCUCGAAGGGGAUCCGCCUUGACGGAUAAAUGGUCGGGGUCGGAGUCAGGGAAUGAGGGUCGCCGCACGCAAUCCACUACGACCAUGCCGGAUAUGUCGAGACCCAUUAAUGUUCCCCAUGUUCAGAACCAAUCCCAGACGUCGUCGUCCCUUUCUUCCUCGGCGCCUGGAACACUGGCACUAGACCCCAUCUUGACCCAGCAUACCUUUGACCCUAUGUAUAGCUUGCUUCCUUCCACCAUGUCGGAAGCACAGCUCGCACAGAAUCUGCCCAUGAUCAGUCCACUGGAGGGUGACAGUCCGUUUGAUUUCCCAUUGGAUCCAUCACUGACAUUGAAUGAGUCGAUAUCCUUGGGCUAUCCGGAGGAUACGAAUGUCGAUGUCACUGAAGGCUUGUUGGAUGGGGGCUUCUUCGUCGAGGACUGGUCCCCGGUGCGAUUUAUGUAUUCGCCCCACACGGGCAAUUUGGAACCGUUUCCUCCUGUAACGCAAUGCGAAUAA